AUGGCCUCGGCUUUACCGUCCCCGGCCAUCCAAGCUCCGCACCGCUGUUGCUGCCAACAUGAGGGGACAGGUGCGUGGCUACUGGAAAACUCAGUCUUCCCAUCGUGGCACUCGGGGUCGCGUCGACAUUUAUGCCUGCACAGGCUCGCGGGAUAUGGAAAGACAGUUCUCAGUGCGACUGUGCUUGAACAUCUUGCGAAGGGAAACGACGGUCUUAUCCUCUGCUUCUUCUUUGACUUUAGCGACACCACAAAGCAGACGUUGGAUAGCAUGCUACGCUCGCUUGCUUUUCAACUUUACCAAGGCGGGGUUGGCUGUGCAAACCAUCUUGAUGCUUUAUUUCAAGCACAGCAGAAUGGCAGCGACCAGCCAUAUUCACAUUUGGCACGUGACGAGCAUCGGGCUACCCCCCGUUAA